AUGGAAACGGUAAAAGAAGAUGAUAUUUUGAUGGGGCAGAAAGAUAGGUUCCUAGCUCCAAAGACAUUUGAAUCAGAAUGCGAACAGCAACAAACGAGUCCAAAUAUUACUUUAAAAGUUGGAUUUGACUAUUGGGAUAAUGAUGUUGUUUUGCAUGAUUACGAAGAUUGUAGAAACUCGAAUGUUGCUGUUUGUUCUGAAAAAAACGGCCGUCUCCCUUUUGGCUGGGACACGUCUCCUCCCAAUGAGUUAUCUCUGGUCAUGAAAACGAGGGCCCGGCGGAAAAACUAUCGCACCCAGCUUGCCACACCGAAUUCACACGACCUUCUACCAACAUGCGCGCCAUUCAAAUCUCACAGAACUUAUGUUCAAUAA